AUGGCUCACCUGAAGCAGACCUUUUCAUCUCUUUUCAAAUGCUUUAGAGAAACACCAUCUCUCUUUUUAGGACUGGUGAGGUGGGACAGCUGCCUAGACACUGAUGAAGAGCACGUGAAUUUUGCUAAAAGCGAUGAACUGAACAGAGCUCACAGCGAGAACAGAGAGGGACCGGAUGCACCCCUGAAAUCUGAGCUUGAUAUUUGCCACCAGGAUCCAGAAUACAAGUCCCCAGCUCCCUUGCCACAUGCCCAGGUCAAACUGAUCACCAGCUGGGAAGCAGGAUGGAAUGUAACAAAUGCCAUUCAGGGAAUAUUUGUCCUAGGAUUGCCGUAUGCUCUCCUCCACAGUGGAUACAGUGGUCUACUUCUUAUUGUCUUGGCUGCAGCAUUAUGCUGUUACACAGGCAAGAUUCUCAUUGCUUGCUUGUAUGAAGAAAAUGAAGAUGGGCGACUGGUAAGAGUGAGAGACACAUACGAAGAUAUUGCAAAUGCCUGCUGCAAAAAGCUGUCUCCCAGUCUAGGUGGCGUAGUUGUCAAUGUGACCCAGGUGGUGGAACUGAUCAUGACGUGUAUUUUGUAUCUGGUUGCUAGUGGGAACUUGCUGUCGCACAGUUUCCCCUAUGUACCUGUGACUGAGAAAACUUGGUCUGUAAUUGCAUUUGUUACUCUGUUGCCUUGUAUAUUUAUCAGAACUCUCAAAAUUGUUUCCAAACUCAGCCAGCUUUGCUCUUUGGUUCAUUUUGUUAUCAUCUUUGUAGUGAUAACUUACUGUCUCACACAAAUGCAUCAAUGGUCCUGGGCAAAAUUCAGACUGUCCCUUGAAUUUGAGGACUUCUUGGUCUCUGUAGGGGUGAUCAUUUUCAGUUACACUUCGCAAAUAUUUCUUCCCACACUUGAAGGAAAUAUGAAAAACCCCGGGGAAUUUAGGUGUAUGCUAAAUUGGACCCAUUUUUUUGCCUGUAUCUUAAAAACAACCUUUGCACUUACUGCUUUCUUGACCUGGGGUGAAAAGACCAAGGAAGUUAUUACUGACAACCUACCAUCAUUUCUUGAAACCUUAGUGAAUUUAUGUCUCUUAACCAAAGCUCUUCUUUCUUACCCUUUGCCCUUUUUUGCAGCCACAGAAAUUGUGUAUUCUUGUGUUUCUAAAGACAACCAUUCCAAUUACAGGUUUCCACUACUUGCUCUGACUGUAAGAGGCUCAUUUCUCUUGUUAACUCUGUUGAUGGCCAUGUUCACACCACAUUUUGCCCUGUUGAUGGGUUUGUCAGGCAGUGUAACAGGGGCUGCUAUGACUUUUCUGCUUCCUUCUCUCUUCCAUUUAAAACUUAAAUGGAAAAAACUAUCCUUCUUAGAGAAAUGUGCAGAUAUCUCUGUUUUUGUUUUGGGCUUACUUUGUAGUCUUGCAGGCAUAGUUUGCUCAAUAAAAGGGCUACUUGAAGUAUUUGGAGGAGUGUAA